CUCGGCUCGGCGCUGCAGGCUCUGCAGGCGCCCGCCACGCCCCGCAUCGACAUCUCGCGCGCCUCCUCCAGCUCGCACCCCGACUCCAACAGCCGCGACUCCAGCCCCGAGCGGGAGCUCUUCGCAGGGGACGCGAGCGCCGGCGGCGCGCGCCUGGCCGCGGGCUUCCGCGAAGACGCCGCCGACCUGCGCUCCUCCACCGAGGAGCUGGACUUCCUGGAGGGGCCCGGCGCGGCCAAGGCGCGCGACCUGCGGCGCCGCCGCGAGCGCAAGCAGGCCCACGCGCAGGCGCAGGCGCUGAAGGAGGCGCACGCGGACGGGACGCAGAGCGAGCGCGGGGGCGUGGGCGGCGCGCUGGAGCGCAAGGACUCGUCGGGCAGCGCCCUCUCCGCGGGCGAUGCGGCCGGGCUCCUCGGUGAGCGCUCGCGCGGUCCGGGCGCCCUGGCACGACUGGCACUCGGCUUGGCUUGGCUGGGCUCGGCUGGCUGGGCUCGGCUGGCUGGGUUCGGCUGGCUGGGCUCGGCUGGCUGGGCUCGGCUGGCUGGGCUCGGCUGGCUUUAUAAAAUUACGAGAUCACUUUUAUCAUAUGUCCCACUUAUUUUUAUUCGUUAUUUUAUGUUAGAAACAGCUAGAGAAAUUAAUAUUUUUAUGAACAACGCUGAGCUUCGGGACUCUGGCUGGCUGGGGUGUCUCAGUGCUGGCUGGGCAUCUGAGCUAAGCUUGAGGCUCUCGAUGCUGGGCUGGCUCGGCCUGGCUGGGCUGGCUGCUGCGCUCGGCAUGGCUGGACUCGUCUGGCUAGGGCUCGGCUGCGCUGGAAGAUCGGAUGGCUGGACCGGCUGGUAG